UGUUUUCCGCGUGACCGUAGUACUGGUACUUCAACUGCAUCCGUUUUCUCUCUUUCUUGUCCUUCGCCUGCGAGAUUUUCCCCCCCGAUCGAAGACGAUGAUCUCUCAGUUCUUCGUUCUCUCUCAAAGAGGCGACAACAUCGUAUUCAGAGACUAUCGUGGUGAAGUGCAAAAAGGGAGUGCGGAAAUAUUCUUCCGCAAAGUGAAGUUUUGGAAAGGAGAGGAAGCGGAUGAGGAGGCGCCACCUGUCUUUAAUGUAGAUGGGGUGAAUUAUAUUCAUGUGAAGGUUGCUGGACUAUUGUUUGUGGCGACCACAAGAGUUAACGUGUCACCGUCAUUUGUUUUGGAGCUUUUACAAAGAAUUGCACGUAUUAUCAAAGAUUACCUUGGUGUUCUAAAUGAAGAUUCAUUGCGGAAAAAUUUUGUUCUUGUAUACGAAUUGCUCGAUGAAGUGAUUGAUUUUGGUUAUCCACAAACAACUUCAACAGAGGUUUUGAAGUCUUACAUCUUUAAUGAACCUUAUGUAGUUGAUAGUGGACGUUUACCGCCUCUUGGGCCUGCAGCCAUGUUUAUGCAAAGCACUAAGCGGAUGCCAGGAACAGCUGUCACGAAGUCUGUUGUAGCUAAUGAACCUGGUGGUAGGAAGAGAGAGGAAAUAUUUGUGGACAUUAUUGAGAAGAUAAGUGUCACUUUUAGCUCCAGUGGUUAUAUUCUAACUUCUGAGAUAGACGGAACUAUUCAGAUGAAAAGUUACCUUACUGGAAAUCCAGAAAUACGACUUGCUCUUAAUGAGGACCUGAGCAUCGGUAAAAGUGGGACUUCUGCAUAUGAUUAUAGAAGCUCCAGUGGAGGUGGUACAGUGCUCCUUGAUGACUGCAAUUUCCACGAAUCUGUACACCUUGACAGUUUUGAUAUCGAUAGAACUCUGUCACUGGUACCUCCAGAUGGAGAAUUUUCUGUAAUGAAUUAUCGGAUGACCCAGGAAUUUAAGCCUCCUUUUCGCAUCAAUGCCUUGAUUGAAGAAGCAGGAGCAUACAAGGCUGAAGUUAUUCUGAAAGUACACGCAGAAUUCUCUCCUACUGUCACUGCUAACACUAUAUCAGUCCAGAUGCCUGUGCCAAGUUAUACUACAAGGGUUAGUUUUGAGUUGGAAGCUGGAGCAGUAGGACAAACAACUGAUUUCAAGGAAGCAAAUAGGAGGCUCGAAUGGUGCUUAAAAAAGAUUGUUGGUGGGUCAGAACACACUCUUCGCGCAAAGCUCACAUUUACACAGGAGGCACAUGGAAACAUUACGAGAGAAGCCGGGCCCGUGAGCAUGAACUUUACCAUACCAAUGUAUAAUGCAUCAAAGCUUCAGGUAAAAUAUCUACAGAUAGCGAAGAAAUCCCAGAGCUACAACCCAUACCGGUGGGUGAGAUAUGUAACACAGUCCAACUCCUAUGUAGCUCGUUUAUGAGCAGGUUGGAACUAUAAUCUAUUUGGUGUCUUCAGAGACAGUCAUGGUAUCAGCAAAAUCCUUGUUCCUAUAUGGUGUUAGAUCUUGCUUUAUUUGAGAAAAUUGAGAAACUUUCAAUGAGCCUUUGAACGUAUUGUAAGAUUAUGAAUGAGAGUAGAUCGAAGUUUACCUCUUUGUUGUGUGUUUUAUUGCUUUGCAAACUUUUUUUUUCUUCUUACGUACUCUUUUAAGGAUGUUUGUAAGCUGCGGUGAAAAAAAUCCUAUUGAGGGACCUCUGUAUAAAAUCAUAUUGGAGAAAGGAGUUCAGGCGUAUGUCUCACUACCAAUUCAAAAUUAGGACAAUUAAUUGUACAAUAUUGGGGUUAUUAGAUUAUUGUUUCAGUGUAGAUGACAACUUUAAAAUC